GGCCAACCAGGAAUCCAACGCCGCCCUGAGCCGCAUCUUCGAGCUCCAACAGCCAAAGGAGCUGUCAUCUAACUACAACUUCUCAAUUACCACUUAUCCUGCAGAGCCAAGAUGGAGGGCCUUCUAUUCAACGUGAACAAUGGUUACAUCGAGGGCAUCGUCCGCGGCUAUCGCAACGGACUGCUCACCGGUACCAACUACACCAACAUGACACAAUGCGAGACCAUUGAUGACCUCAAGCUCCAACUCGGCCCCGCUUACGGCGACUUCCUCUCGACCCUCCCGCCCAACCCCUCCACUUCGAGCCUCGCGACCAAGACCACCGACAAGCUCGUCUCCGAGUUCCGCUAUGUCCGGGCCAACGCCGUCGGGUCGCUCGCCAAGUUCAUGGACUACGUCACCUACGGCUACAUGAUCGACAACGUGGCGCUGCUCAUCACGGGCACACUCCACGAGCGCGACACGCGCGAGCUGCUCGACCGGUGCCACCCGCUCGGCUGGUUCGAGACGAUGCCCGUCCUCUGCGUGGCGACCAACAUCGAGGAGCUGUACAACAGCGUGCUGAUCGAGACGCCGCUGGCCCCCUACUUCAAGGGCAGCCUCAGCCACCAGGACCUGGACGAGCUCAACAUCGAGAUCGUGCGCAACACGCUCUACAAGAACUACCUCGAGGACUUCUACGAGUUUGUCAACUCCCACCCGGACAUGGCCGGCACCCCGACCGCCGAGGUCAUGUCGGAGCUGCUCGAGUUCGAGGCCGACCGCCGCGCCAUCAACAUCACGCUCAACUCGUUCGGCACCGAGCUGUCCAAGGCUGACCGCAAGAAGCUGUACCCCAGCUUCGGGAACCUGUACCCCGAGGGCACGCUGAUGCUGUCGCGGGCGGAUGACUUUGAGGGCGUGCGCUUGGCCGUCGAGGGCGUGUCCGACUACAAGGCCUUCUUCGAGGCGGCCGGUCUUGGUGGCGGUCCUGGCGGGCCGGGCAACAUGGCUGGCGGCACCGGGUCUGAGGGCAGGAGCUUGGAGGACAUGUUCUACCAGAAGGAGAUGGAGAUUGCCAAGGGCGCGUUCACGCGGCAAUUCACGUUUGCGAUUGUCUAUGCGUGGGUCAAGCUAAGGGAGCAGGAAAUCCGCAACAUCACUUGGAUUGCCGAGUGCAUAGCGCAAAACCAGAAGGAGCGCAUCGGCAACUACAUCAGUGUCUUCUGAUGAUGCGACUUGUGGCUGACUGUUUAGAGAUGUAUUUCGCGGGAACCCUGAGCAUGAUUUCAAUGGCGUAUGGCGAAGGUCAAGCGGUGACGUGGGCUGGCAAGACGCGGGAUUCCUUACGCGCUCCUGUCUAUUGUGUCGGUAAUGUACAUAGAGAAGUUACACAUCUUGGAUUUUAC